UAAAAGUACAGAAAUUAGAAAGUUCAUGUUUUAACAUUUAAUUUUACAUCACAUCAAAAUAAAUAAUAUAGAAAUAAAUCUAGUAAAUCAUGAGUUCACCUCUUUCUACUCUGAGGAAGAUCAGCAGAGCUCCGAUACCAGGAACUGAAGGUGAUAGGCGACUGUAUACAGAUGCAUCUGAUCCAGGUUCUGAAGCCGCGCUGUUUAGAAAAUAUUUUCCUCAGAACCAGUCGGGGUCAAAGGCCACGCAGAGAAGGAGUCCUAAAGAGGUCUCUGUACCCACUGAUAUGGAGUUGAUGUCCAGCAUGAUGCAGAAAAUCUCUCAGUUAGAGAAGAAAGUGAAAACACAGGAACAGGAAAUUAAUCAAAAGAAUAAAAGAAUCUCAGUUCUGGAGGAGAAACUGAAGCUACGACUCGACGUGGAGAAAACAGGAGGACAGAAGCAGGAUGAAGAUCGGAUGAUUAAAAGGUGCCAAAAGCUUCAGAAGCAGGUUUGGGAAAUGGAGAGAUUUCUGAAUGAUUAUGGGAUGAUCUGGGUUGGGAGUGGUGAUGAUGAUGAUGGUGAUGAUGAUGAUGAUGAAGAUGAGACAGCAGAUAAAACGCAUCGUGAACACACAUCCAGUAAAACUUCAUGGAAAGCAGAAGCGUCGGUGGUGAGAAGAUUCUCUGUGAACUUCGACCUGGUUCUGAAGAACAUUCAGGAGCUGAACCUCAUGGCGGGAGGAACCAGCAUCACCUUCGUUCCCGGAGGAGCCAAACUAGCCGAGCGUCCGUCCGUCCCGCUGUGGCUUUUUACAAACGGAAUAGCGAUGUUCAACGGUCCGUUCAGAUCCUACGACCACCCCAGCACACAGCGGUGUAUGCAGGACAUAAUGGAUGGAUAUUUUCCCUCUGAGCUGCAGGACCGGUUUCCUGAUGGAGUGACAUUUCAGGUUCAUGACCGGCGGGACGAGGAGUUCAGGACGGAGUUUCCAGGGAAAGGUCACAUGACUGGUCAGUCCGAGCAGAAAGAAACGACCAACACAGUGACCGGUCAGAGCCACUACCGCCUACCAGGCCGGACACUGUCAGUGCAGCAGUUUGUUAAUAAACUCCCUGAGCGUGUGGUGAGAGCCGGUAACGUCAUCAGCAUCAGAUCAGCUCUCAGAACUCAUCUACAGGGCUUGGAAGGAGCUGAGAACCAUCAAGAGAACAUCAUCGAGACUCCAGCACUGCGGACGCUCAGAGAAAGGUCGGACUCUGGCACACUGUGUGAGAGUGACGUCACCAGUCUGAGAGUGAAAUCUGAGGACAGAGAGACGACCUUCCUUCUGAAAAUGUUCUUCAACGAGACAGUCGGACACCUACGGCAGUACCUGGACACCCACAGAGGCUCCAGCAAACCUCCAUACGACAUCAUCAGCGCCCUGCCACACCCGCACUGCCACAACAACGACAGCCAAACACUACAAGCAUGCGGUCUGACUCCCAAUGCAGCCCUGAUCCUGAGACCCCGCCCACCAUCAACAACACAGAGAUGCAGCAGGACAGCGACUCAGUACACAGAAUCAAGAUUUGUGUAUAGUAACACGGCUCACAUGAUCAGAGCUCUGGAUGUCUAAUUAAAUAGUUUAAUAUCUAAUUAUUAUUAAGUCUUACACAUAUUAAUAAUACCAGAAUGUGCUGGAAAUGCUUCCAUCUCCUCCCAACCAGUAACCACAGGCACUUAAAAGAUCAACAUCACUUCCAUAACCCCAACAAGAACAGAUUCUAAAAAAGGGAAUCAUCAGGCCCCAAAGGGAAGGGCACAAGACCCCAAAAAGUAGAACAUUAAACUCUAAAAGGGAGAACAUAAGACCCCAAAAAAGAGGGGAAUCCGAUCCCAAAGGAAGGGGAAUCAGACCCCAGAAAGGAGGACAUCAGCCCCCAAAAGGAAGGUGCAAGACCCCAAAAAGGAGAACAUAAGACCCCAAAAAGGAGGGGAAUCAGACCCCAAAAAGGAGGGGAAUCAGACCCUAAACAGAAUGGGAAUCAGACCCUAAAAAGGAGAACAUCAGACCCCAAAAAGGAGGGGAAUCAGACCCUAAACAAAAUGGGAAUCAGACCCUAAAAAGGAGAACAUCAGACCCCAAAAACGAGAACAUCAGAAAAGGAGGGGAAUCAGACCCUAAACAGAAGGGGAAUUAACCCCCAAAUAAGGAGGGCAUGAGACCCCAAAAAGGAGGACAUCAGACCACAAAAAUAAGGGGAAUCAGACACUAAAAGGAGAGGAAUCAGAUCCAAAAAAAAAGAGGAAUCAGACCCCAAAAAGGAGAACAUCAGACCCCAGAAAGAAGGGAAAUCAGACCAGUCGGGCAUUGUACAUACAGACACGAUUGGCUAUGUCUGAGAAAAGGAUGGCCAGUCUGUACAUACUGCACCACUAUCGGGUCUGAUUUCCCUUCUUUCUGGGGUCUGAUGUUCAGGCGUCCUGUCUGGGGUUUGUUACUGCAUGGUGCCCACCGUGACCCUGACUAGAAUAAAGUGGUGGUAAAGCAUGAAAUGGAAAUGAAUGAAAUAAAUAAACAGAUUUCUUUAAUUAACCAUGUUUUUAAAUGUUAAGGACUUACAUUAGUCACUGCUGUUGAGCAAUUGGAAAAUCCUCCACAAGGGGGCGCUGUAAACAGCUAUAAUUCAGUGUGUAUAUUAUUGUGUUACAUUAUUUUAAUUCAAGGAUAACAUUAAUAAAUAAUAAUAUUUAUAAAUCGUA